AUGGAGAAGGAGCUUCUAGGUUAUGACACCAUCGACAUCUCAAGACCCAAUAUUGCUAGUGAGCUCAAAUUGUAUCUCCAGCAUCACCAACUGCCUAUGGGGAAAGAUUCAAGAACUGGGAUCACAGAGAUGGUAGCUUAUGUAGGCCAUUCCUGCGAGAGAUCGACCGAUUUGCUGUCGCAGUACAUGAACUACAAGGUUUCUGGUUCUUGCCCUGAUGAUUGGAGCCUUGCCCAGAAGUUGAUUCUUCGUGGGUGUGAGCCUUUGCCGAGGAGAAGAUGUUUUGCUAAAGGUGGGAGUAAGUUGGGGCUCCUGAAACCUUUUCCUUUGUCUCUUUGGAGUUCUGUUGUUGAUAAUAAGGUAGUUGGUAGCUGGAGUGGUUAUGGUUGCAAAGGGUUGGAUUGUUUGAGUAAGAAGAAGUUGAGUAGGGAAUGUGUGAAUUGCUUCGACUUGGGUGGGGCUGAGAAUCAGAGGUAUGUGAAGUCCAAAGGGAAGAAUGAUUUCUUGUUGGAUGAUGUUUUAGGGUUAGGCAGUGGUGAGAUUAGGAUUGGGUUCGACAUCGGUGGUGGUCUGCUGGGUUUGGUCGAACAGGUUUGCGGGAGGAGGUGGUAG